CACAGAGCCACUGCCCCUUUCCUCGGAAGUGUUGCCUCCGAGGUCAGCUCCAGCUGCAGAGUGGGUCUUCACUAAAUAGGGGAUAUGGGGAGGAGGCUGUCAGCGUUCCCUGGAGUGCUUCAGUGUUUUCGGUGUACAAAAAUAAAAGUGGGCCCAUCGAUGACAGAGGCAUUUCCUGUUCUGGAUCCCUUCUGCAAACGGAGCCCAGUGUCACGAGGAGCAGCGAUGGACGCCUGUGUACUGCAGCCUCGCUGCCGCGUGCCUCAAGAGCCCUCUGAUUGAGAAGCCGGGAGAGAAAGAAAGUAUGCCUCAGACACCUCCCUUUUCAGCAAUGUUUGACAGCAGUGGCUACAAUCGAAACCUCUACCAGUCUGCAGAGGACAGCUGCGGGGGCUUGUGUUACCAUGACAACAACCUCCUUUCCGGAUCUUUGGAGGCACUUAUCCAACACUUAGUACCCAACGUGGAUUACUAUCCAGAUAGAACGUACAUAUUCACCUUCCUGCUCAGCUCUCGGUUAUUCAUGCAUCCGUACGAGCUGAUGGCCAAGGUUUGCCACCUGUGUGUUGAGCACCAGCGACUCAGUGAAGGGGACAGUGAUAAGAACCAGAUGAGAAAAAUUGCACCUAAAAUUCUUCAACUCCUGACAGAGUGGACGGAAACGUUUCCUUAUGACUUCCGGGACGAGAGAAUGAUGAGAAACCUAAAGGACCUGGCGCACAGGAUGGCCAGCGGCGAGGAGCAGACGUACCGAAAGAACGUCCAGCAGAUGAUGCAGUGUCUCAUCCGAAAACUCGCCGCCCUCAGCCAGUACGAGGAAGUCCUGGCGAAACUCAGCUCCACAGCCACUGACCGGCUCACGGUCCUGAAGACCAAGCCCCAGUCCAUACAGCGCGACAUCAUGACGGUCUGCAGCGACCCUUACACGUUGGCCCAGCAGCUGACUCACAUCGAGCUGGAGAGGCUCAAUUACAUUGGUCCAGAAGAAUUUGUUCAGGCAUUCGUGCAGAAGGACCCCUUGGACAACGAUAAGACUUGCUACAGUGAGCGGAAGAAAACGAGAAACUUGGAAGCUUACGUAGAGUGGUUCAAUCGCCUAAGCUACUUGGUCGCUACAGAAAUCUGCAUGCCCGUGAAGAAGAAACACAGAGCGAGAAUGAUCGAAUACUUCAUCGACGUGGCUCGAGAGUGCUUCAACAUCGGAAACUUCAAUUCCUUGAUGGCAAUAAUCUCUGGUAUGAACAUGAGCCCAGUCUCGAGACUAAAAAAAACUUGGGCCAAAGUGAAGACUGCCAAGUUUGACAUUCUUGAGCACCAGAUGGACCCUUCAAGCAAUUUCUAUAACUACAGAACGGCUCUCCGAGGAGCAGCGCAAAGGUCCCUAACUGCUCACAGCAGCAGAGAGAAGAUUGUGAUACCAUUCUUCAGUCUCUUAAUCAAAGAUAUUUAUUUCCUCAAUGAGGGCUGUGCCAACCGUCUUCCAAAUGGCCAUGUCAACUUUGAGAAAUUUUGGGAACUGGCCAAACAAGUGAGCGAGUUCAUGACGUGGAAGCAGGUGGAGUGUCCGUUUGAGCAUGACCGGAAGGUUCUACAGUACCUGCUCUCAGUGCCUGUGUUCAGUGAAGACGCUCUCUACCUGGCGUCCUAUGAGAGCGAAGGCCCUGAAAAUAACAUAGAGAAGGACAGAUGGAAGUCUUUAAGGUCCAGCCUGCUGGGCAGAGUUUAACAUAUGGGACCUGCUGUUGCUGUUGUUGUUGCUGCUGCUGCAUCAAACAGACCCUGGAGGGCCUGGCCUUUGUUUUCUGGCAUCUAGUACUAGGAACAAUCAGUGCAGACCCUGUAAGCAAGCCCAACUGCAGACAGAUGGAGAACUCAUUUCCUACGGCCGACAGACGCACUCAGAGCGUGGAGCCCGCAGUGCUCAUUGAAGACACUUGAGAAAGAAUCCUCUAAAAGUCCCGGCUCUGCCCAUGAUUCAUCUCCUGGAAUUUCCACGUGAAUCACAGCUCUGCACCUGGAUGGAGUUUUCUUUUGUGUGUGUGUGUGUGGUUGGUUUUUUUUUUUUUUUUUUUUUUUUUUUUUUUUUUUUUUUUUUUUUUUUUUUUGGCUUGAACAUUUGCUGCUAAUGGAACUUACCCAGCCAAGUGCUGGCUCUAUGGAAGUCCAUGUUUCUUUGUUAAUUUAAAUGAAAAAGGGAGAGGAGGGAGGAGAACCCACACACACACCUCAGUUUGGAUCCCAGACCUCUGCUUGAGCCAGAAGUGUCCUGGUGAGGAUGAAGACUGGGUGGAUGUCCGCUGCCCGGGGACCUUGUUCCCAUAGCGUGUGCAGUGUGGUCAACGUCUCUUCCCCCUCUUCCCCAGAGGUUUUGAGUUGGCUGCUGGUUAGCACACUCCUCCUUGCCCAUAUAAGUUAUUUAAUAUAAUAAUGAAGCGCAACACUGUGGUAGGAAAAUAGCCACUAGGGAAACAGACAAACGAAGCAGAGUUUGGCCCGUUGGACUGCCCAUCCUGCUGGAAGGACGGACGGUGUCUUCUUCACCCCUCUGAGCUGUUUACAACUGAUCCCUGUGUUCUAUAGAUGUAUUUUUCAGUA